UGACAAGACAACAUCUGGACCUCUGCAGCCUCUCCCGGGUUAUUCUGGCCUCUCGACAUUGUUUCUGUAGCUUUCCUGUCUAUGGAUGGCUAAUGAAGAGGGAUGUUCAGUCUAAUGGCCAAUUGCUGCAGCUGGUUAAAACGGUGGCAGGAACCUGUCAGGAAGGUGACACUAAUAAUGGUGGGUCUUGAUAAUGCUGGUAAAACUGCUACAGUCCGAGGAAUUCAAGGAGAGUCUCCUGAAGACGUGGCUCCAACAGUUGGAUUUUCCAAGAUUGACCUUAAACAGGGACGCUUUGAAGUCACCAUCUUUGAUUUAGGAGGUGGAAAACGAAUUCGAAAUAUCUGGAGAAAUUACUAUGCUGAGUCCUAUGGUGUAAUAUUUGUUGUGGAUUCCAGUGACAUUGCAAGAAUGGAAGAAACAAAGCAAGCCAUGAUAGAAGUUUUAAACAGCCCUAAGAUAUCAGGAAAACCUGUGUUAGUGCUGGCAAAUAAGCAGGACAGGGAAGGAGCUCUGUCAGAAGCAGAUGUAAUCGAAUCCUUAUCUCUAGAAAAGCUUGUCAAUGAACACAAGUGUCUAUGUCAAAUUGAACCUUGCUCAGCCAUCAUGGGCUGUGGGAAAAAAAUCGAUAAAUCAAUAAAAAAGGGUUUAUAUUGGCUUCUACAUAUCAUAGCAAAAGAUUUUGAUGCCUUAAAUGAGCGCAUCCAAAGAGACACUACAGAACAAAAAGCAUAUGAAGAACAAAAGAAACUGGAAAGAGCUGAGCGAGUGAGAAGGAUAAGAGAAGAAAGGUAUUCUUUCUGGGAAAGAGAAGAAGGAAGAUGCGUAGCUGAUGAGGAAGACCCUGAGCCUGGGAACUCUGAAAACCCCUUCCAGCCUAUAUCUGCUGUAAUCUCUGAGAAUGAAAAACAAAUCGAAAAGGAAAAAAAGCGGCAAAGGUUGGAGACCGAAAAGGCUACAACUGUCUUGAAAUCUCAAGCAGAACAAGAACAAAUGGAUGACCAUCACUUAUCAAGUAGCAGUAGCCAAAACACAAAUGAUAGUAGAUUAGAAACAUGCAAUUCUACAACUACACAGCUUUUACAUCAUGAAGAAGGGAAUGAGCAACAAGCCUCAGAAUGCCUUGACUCAGAUAACAGCAAGAAAAAAAGUAAAAAACCAAAAUUAAAAAGGGGCCACAGAGUAGAACCUGUUAAUACAGAGGACACUGUUCCCAAAAAUCCUACACCACCACCAACUCUUCCACCAGUUGGCUGGGGAACUCCCAAACUUAAUAGACUUCGAAAACUUGAGCCUCUUGGUGAAACACAUCAUGCUGAUUUCUAUGGAAAGCCUCUGCCUCCACUGACUAUACGCCAAAGACCCAACAGUGAUACCCAUGAUGUCAUUGCUUAA